AUAAACACAGAUCAGCUUCAGUCGUACAGAGGAAGAACUCAAGUGUUUACAGAAGAACUAGAGAAAGGAAACACAUCACUCAAACUCUCAAGAGUCCAAAUCUCUGAUGAAGGACGUUACAAGUGUGUCAUUCAGUCUUAAUCCUGGAGUGAUGACUUCACUGUUCAGCUCAGAGUUGAAGGUGAAAUGUUUCACUCUUGGAAGUCUUCAGUGAUUUCAUUUGCUGUUGUGCUCAGUUUGAUUGCUGCAGUGUUGAUCGUUGUAUUCGUCUAUAAAAAGAGAGGUCUACAAAUGGAUCACCAGAGAAUAAAUGAGGAGCGUGAGACACUUUUGCUGAGAGAGGAGAGCACUGAAAGUGCUACUUCACUGUUAAGAAAACGUGCAGUGAAUGUGACUCUGGAUGCUGAUUCAGCUCAUCCUCGUCUCAUCGUGUCUCAUGAUGGCAAACAAGUGAGAUGUGAAAACACAGAACAAAGAGAAGAGAAUCAAGAAGAGCAAAAUAACACGUUUGAUAACUAUCUGGGUGUUGUUGGCACUGAAGGAUUCUCUUCAGGAUGUUUUUACUAUGAGGUUCAGGUGGAGGGGAUGAUCGAGUGGUAUGUGGGCGUGGCCAGAGAAUCUGUCAGCAGGAAGGGGCCGGUCAGUCUGAUUCCUCAGAAUGGAUACUGGACUGUGGCUAAAGGCACUUUCAGUUUGUGGGCUUGUGAGGAUUCAUAUGUUCUUCUUUCUCUGAGUGUGAAGCCUGCGAGGAUCGGGGUGUUUGUGGAUUAUGAGGAGGGUCGGGUCUCGUUUUAUGAUGUGAAGUCCAUGACUCAUAUUUACUCUUUUAAUGGACAAUCUUUUAAUGAGAAAAUAUAUCCUUUUGUUUCUUUGGGUUAUAAAUUGUCUAAAAACUCUUCCCCACUCAUCUUCUGUAGUGAUCUCUCUCCUUUGGGAGAUUCAUACAAGAACACUUAAGGUAUUGUGUUAACAAGGCAAGUCAUUGACAUUCUGCUCAAUGAUGUACAGAUGGAAGCACUCAAAGUUGCUUUUGAUAAUGUUUGCCAAAACCAUAAAUGUGUUUUUACACUACCAGCCAACAAUCACAUUUAGGAAUAAUGUUAAAGUCAUAAGAACUAUAGAUACAAAUGGAACCAUGUUGUGGCAAAAAAAUCCAAAAUAACUGAAAAUGCUGUUUUGAAUCUUAAAUGGCUUGCCUAGAAUUGUAUUUCUUGAGGUCUCGCCCUGAGGUGAUUUUUAAACAACAUUGACGGAGUUCACAUCUAUUCUGAGCUCUUACUGUCUGCUUUUCUUCAUUAGCCUGUUCAAUUCAAGUCAUCCUUUUCAUACACAUAAAUGUAAAUAUACGUAAAUGAAUAUAUGCACAGGUUCUUAUGAGGGAAAAUUUUCUCCAAAGCAAGGAUUCAGACUAUACUGUAUCAUUUAUGAAGAUGUGCAUUUGUUGGGUAUUGAAUCCAUGACAAUCAUCAUCAUGUGAUAGUUCAGUGACACUUUACCCAAAAAUAAAAUGUAAUUAUUAAAAUAAAAUG